AUGGUAAGAAUUACGACUAUUCAGCAAUACUACUGUGACGAUGAUGAUCUUUAUCCUCUUCUUGCAGAUACUUUUGCUCCUGGUACAUAUACUGUUACCGUAAGCGGAUAAACAAUUUAUUUUCACGUGUUAAUCCCACUGAGGCUUUCUUUCGGGCUGACUGACUAACUGAACACAAGAAUUUAAAUGAUGGUGGUAGAAGAAUUGAGGCUCCAAGGAGAUUGACUGAAGUAAGAUCUAUAUUUCACCCUACCGUAACUUGGACCCCUCCUAUCCUCAAUUAUUACUUUUCUUUGAUCAUUUAGCUGUAGUUAACGUGGUUCAGCAAGAGCUCCUGUGGUUGAGAAGUCAGAAGGAUGCUAGGGAAGAGCGACGCCGACAACAAGAACUGCAAGACUAUGAGGACGCUUACGGACCGAGUGGAUACUGGAGGAUAAUCAUUGCUCUCGGUGAGAGAAUCUGCACAGCCUCACUGAGCGUUAUGAUAUGUAUGGUUCGGGGAGCCUCGAGGCUGCGCCAGGAUGAGGAUUGGGGCGUUUUUGGGUAUGAUGGACGGGCUGAGCACGCAUAUGUAUCAUGGAGGCCCACUUUUGACAGUAUUAUGAGUUCCCCAUCAUUGAAGAUAUUUGUUGUUAGUUUCGCGAGCCAACUGCAGGGAAUUCUAUCAAAAGCCGAAUCUCCAAAGAUACUCUAUUGCAAUGGACGAGAAGACACCCAACACUAGUAAUGUUGCUAGGUGGCCGAAGAAAAGGAUCGAGAAGAGAUUGUUCUUGGAUGACGUUUGUGGAGUUAGGGAGGUUUUUGAAAUGAAUUCAGGUCGUAUAUUUAGUGAUUCUGAGGAGAUUUGCAUUGAAAGCCAUUUAAUAUGUUCUUCGCGUGUGUUUCUCCUAAUAGCCCGCACCUAUUGAAAGUUCUAAUUUAAUAGGCUAUGAGAAAAAUAUCAUCAAAACUAUCGAGGGCCUAGAAGAUUGCCUGUACGUAUUAUUUACCCCCGAAAGCAAUAUUAUUACUAACGAUGGCAGCUUUGAUGCGGGGCAGCUUGAUGAGAAAUUGUCCACGACCCAUCCGAGAGCUAGUUUACUGUAAGACCUUGGGAUUAUUUCAUAGAGCUAAAGUGAAACUAACUUAAAGAAAACUGAGGCAAUCAGGAUCAAGGUCGCACUUUUCCUUUUCUAGCAAGGCAGGAAAGUUAAUACUCUCACGAUUAUCCGUCACUCCACAAUUCAACAAUAUUUUCACCUGUUUUGGCUACGAGAACGGUCCGGGUGCCAAUGGCAGAGGUGGCUUUUGCGAAGAAACGAAGGGGGAAAAGGCGGGACAUCUCAGUAAAUCCUCCAACUUAUUCCACUAUGCUAUGAAUUAAUGGUUUCUAGCAUUCGAAACAGGCUACAUCCUAAAACAUGUGGAAUCCAAACCAGGAUCCGAGAUUCCAUUUUCAAUUCGUCAACUGGGCGUAUACCAGAAGUUCACCGUCUCGACACAGAAAUCAAGUUCUCUAUUGAUCCAACCAUCACUUAAGGUUGAGAAGAGAAUUAUCGAGUUGGCAAAAGAUCGCGAUAUUGGGAAGAUCUGUGCGCAUUGGAAGAACUUCCAUGAGAUUCAUCUUGGCACAGUGUCAUCGAAUUGGACGGAGUAUAUCAAGCUGAUUGACGCGAAGGUUUGUGAAGUGGUAAGUCACGAUGUAAUCUCCAGCACCCAGUACUGUAACAUGCUAAUUCACAUGUAGGAAGGUGCUGUGUGCUACGCUCGUCCGAAUGACAAUUCUCCAGAUCGCGUUACUUUUACUACACUUCAAAAUUUGAAAAAGUACAAUGAUACUUUGAUCAGAAUAACCAGCGCUCUUGAACUCAAUAUAUUUGUUCCUUCCAAGCUCAAUGCGACAGCGAUCAAAAGGCAAUCCCUUGAUAAGACUGAAGCCUCUGAGCAGUACGACGAAUUUCGAGAGGCUAUUCAAAUGUGCAUAACCGAACAUAAUUUCUUGAAGCAUCAUGUUUCCUUAAUACAGGAGUGUUCUCGAGAGCUUGCGUCUCUGGUAAGUAAUGCUGUUCAGUGCUUUCCUAGUCGAAAUUAACCAGAUUCAGGUCCAAAACACGAUUACGUUAAUGGACAGUGACAUGAUGCUUACUCUAACAAAAAAGACAAUUCAGGAGGCACAGUCGAUGAGAACUAUCACGUUUGUUGCUGGGAUCUACCUGCCUGCCUCAUUCACAGCAGUAUGUAAAUCCAACCAGCCUACUUCUAUUAGCCUCCAUUAACGCAACUUGUGUAGACAUUUCUUAGCAUGGGGUUCUUGCACGUUGAGUCCCUGAACGGAAUUAUGAAAUUACAUGCCACAGCGGACAUGUGGUUCUAUCUCGCUCUCACAGCCCCGCUGAUGCUGGUAACUAUGGUUGGGUGGUGGCUCUGGCAAUUUCGUGUAAGGCAAAGGCUUGCGAAGAAAGCUCGCGAUAUCGAAGAUGAUGUUUCUAAAUCUGCAUAG